ACUUGUACAAUAUUUCGCGCUGCGGGAACUUCGGCAUCCUUCUCUUUAUGGCGUCCGUCUAUAACUCAGAUGAUGUCGAUCCUAGCAGACUUGUAAUAAAAGUAUGGGAAUUUUUCGCGAGUGCUGCAUCUGGUUUGUGCCAGCUAUACAAAGGCAAAAUAGAUCGUUGUGCUGACCUUCAAAGUUUACUGGAUACACUGUCUUCGAUAGGAAGCUUCUACCAAGGUUCUCAGAGCUCUAUAGAAGCUGCACUAAGCUAUGGAAAAAGUGUCGGAUCACAAUAUCUACGCCUUCAUUUGCGGGACCUAGCUUACGAGAAUGUAAAGACUUCUGGAAGUAGUAAUGGAGUAGAAUUUUACGUGCCUUUGAGAUCGUUUCUUAGCAAUACAGAACAAUUCAAUACCUCCGGAAACCUUUUAAGGAAACGUCCACGCCAUUGUGCUUAUUGUCCACGUAGAUCAAAGCGAAUCGCGUUGGAUCACUGUGUUCUCAAGCGUUGCCAACGAAAACGUUCCAAAAAUAGAGCGUUAUUUCCUAUUUUGAAUACGAUUUCAGCUGAUCCACAUCUGUUUAGUGUGAUUGAAAGUCUGAGUGGUGGUGAACCGGUUGGACAUGAGACUGAUCUAGUAGGAUCAAUGACAUCUGGUCCACUGUCCAAUUCUCAAGGUGAGUUACAUUUUUUUGUUCUGGUAUGUGAUUGGCAAUACACUUACACAUCAACAAGGUUCAGAGAAAUGUGAAGAAGACUAAAUUUCAGUCUUACCCAUCCACAAUUUCUGAUGCCACCUAAAACUUUUAAGUAUGCAGUAAGUACUUGUGGACGUUGUGGUUGUGCAUAUUCGGGGUUCACUAAAUCAAGGACACAAUGAUGAAAAAAUCCUACUUUCGACGAUUUCACUUAUUAAAGACAUACGAUCGUAUUGAAAAUCAUCGGAAACAAAUAAGUCAAUUAAUAGAAACAGAGGAUUACCAUAACAUUGUAGAGUAAAAUAAAGUUUCUGAAUAUAGAAGAGAUUUACUACCUUAGCUAUGGUAAAACUAGUGGCUGUACGUAAUGUUUUUGAAUUCAGAGACCAGGCUUACACUUGUGGAUUUCCAGUGAUUCGACUGGAAGUCGAAAUGCAUUCAGCAACAUUAUGAACAUUCGUGCAGUAGGCGACGACUCAAACCUAUUGUAUGCCAGCUAGGGAUACUACCUGGCUGUCAAAACCUCGGUAAGUAGGGUGGGACUUGAAGCAGUGACCCACUGGUUGUAAGCCAACUCUCUAAACCGAUGAGUCACAAUUGAAAGCUACGGUAACAGUAUCAUUAGCCAUCACACAAUACGUGUGACUCGUCGCGUACUGCAUGAAUAAUUCGGUUACUUUUAGAUGACACUAGGAGGGCUUUGAAAUCAUAUGGAGGCUCAUUCUGUAAAUUACUUUAAAUGAACUAGAAGAGACCGAAUGUCUGUGUUGAAGAAUAGAACUAUUGAUAUUUCUCUCUUCUCUGGAUAAUCAAGUUGCAUAAUGUUCCAAAAUACACUUACAAACUUGACGUUGUGUACAGCCAAUGGAUGUUGAUCCAUAAGAAAAAGGAAAUUAGUAGAUGAAAAUUAAGAUAAUUUAAAGCAGUAUUCUUCCCUUAACUCAUCGAUGGAUGAAUUGUCUACUGGAAAUGUGAUUCCCAGACUAGGUGCGUGCGAUGUCUUCCUGUAAGAUAUUGAGAAGUGAUUUUUGGGAAUUUGAGACUACUGGUCACUUAUUUAUAUGUGACUUUCCAUAUUGCAUGCGGAAUAACUUCGCAUUGAAUCAUAUAUGCGAAAGGGGUAGUUGCUGCUUGAUAAUAUGCAGCCUAAAUGCUCCACACAACUAGGUGUUGCUCAAAGCUUCACUUUCAAGCAACUAUUUAACUUUCAGUGCUAGAGGGGCAGUUAGUCAAUAUCAACAUGGGACCUGACAUCCCUGUGUAGCGGUACGCUUACACGCAUGUUUGUAACAUUAGAACGCGUAAGCAGCAAGUACUGAAAUAUAUAUAUCAUAGCUCCCACUCAACUGACUAAGCAAGCUAAUCAAACAUCAAAUAGCCUGAUAUCGAAUAGACAGUGAGAAGAAACUCGAGAAAAUGUAUUAUAAAAUAUUAGUUACUCAUGAGUAGUUUUAUCAGCAACGUCAAAUAAAUGUUACAACACUACUGUGUUGGUCCUAAACCGUAUUCUUUGCUCUUUUACUCUUGUCGCUUUAGUACCACUGCUUAGAAAUGUGUCCAUGUUUUUAUAUCAGAAAUCAUAAUUACGGUCCUUAGGGUUAACAUCUAUCCAACAGGGCAAGAGGUUUCUCCGCAUAGGCUUCUAAAGCUUGUUGGUUGUGCUCUUGCCAACGAAGCUAGCUUGCUUAGGAUUGAUAGAGAAUAUUACGCUACUUAAAUCUUAGAUAUCUCUUCGUGGACGUUUCGUCACCAGGCUUGAUGCCGAAGAUGUCACUAAACCUGGCGAAUCAAUGUCCACGAUAAAAUAUCAAAUCUCACAGAAGACCAAAUCACCAUCUUAUCCUACAAAUUUUUUCCAUCGCUACUUAAAUCUUUGUACAGCCAUUCAUGGAGUCACAUUCCAUUAUAGAGGUACGUGCAGGGAAUUAAAGGAUUGCUGUAUAUUCACUAAGUCAUUGGUUUCAAGUAUUUGAAGUAUCUAAGCAUAUGGUGUUUGCCAGUCAGAUUGUGAACCUAGAAAAAUCGAAACCUUGUCUUCAUUCAUGCAGUUGGAAACGAGUCGAACUUAGCGUGUAAGGAUUGAUGAUACUACCUGGUUCUUCAAACCUCAGUAGGUAAAGCAGUGUUCGAACACGUGACUCACUGGUUGUAAGUCAUCUCCCUAAAUCAUUGAAACACAACUCCACAAAGACUUAAACAGGGUGGAGUGCCGGGAUUGUGAACCCACCGAACUGAUAGGUGGCUUAGGCGUGUGUUGUGAUGGGAUCACCGCCAAUUCUGACCAGUGAUACUUGCUGGAGUAAGGUUUAUUUGAGAAAAGUCUAACAGUGGCCAUUCUGAAACAAUGAAGCAAAUCUCUGACCUGUGCUUCCGUUCUUGUAGACGACCUUUCUUAAUAUCCCAAGAAGCUAGUAGUCAGUCUCUGCAUGCCUCCAGUUAUGCGGAUCUAAGUGUAUCGUUACUUGUGUUUAGCUGACUGUAAUCGCUAGCUGUAACAGUUGCUGAGUUAUCGACCACACUGAAUAUUUAUGAGCCGCAUAAAUAUCAGUUAGUCAGCAGCAGCAUAAGACCUAGCACUACUGUCCAAGUUACCUUUAUUUCAUAUCAAAACAUCAAGGUAAUAAGCACGAAGAUCACCUUGUACUCUCAUCAACUAACUUAACUCUUCUGCCUAAAUCUGUACGCGUGACUGCUACAUUACUGAUGUUGUGCCGCAACGCAACGGUGGCCAAACACUUGAAGCCCCCCCCCCCAUGUCCUCUAGUUUAGAACAGAGCGAACUGCAGCGUAGCCUACAUGAUCCAAUAAGUGAUUGGGUAUCACGGUAGCGACAACGAUAGUGUGAUUUGAUGAAGAACAAAUGAAGAGUAAAUCCCAUCGAUCACUGACUCAUCACGGUUGACCCAACUUCCCAAAUAUGUAGCCGACUGGUAAUUACUGUCUUGACGUGCUGGUGGGGCUUGCAUAUCCCAAUGAUCAGGCAAACUAUGCUGGAGGAACACCUGCUCCUUUGAGGUCCCACUAUGCAGAAACGUCAGUUGGAUAGUGGUAGAACAAGAAGCAGUUACCAUUAUGGUGUUAAUUAUCCUUCUACAAUGGUGAAGUUGUGCUGUUGGCUUGACCGGGAAUGACAGCAGUUUGGUGUUUCUUGAAUUCAAUCAACAGUACCAUGCCAAUGCUGCCUUCCUUGUGAGAAGGCAGACAGGCAAAUGAAAUCAACAAAGAACCCCUCACACAAGUUCAUCAUUUCAAGUUGUCACACUUCACAGUAGUAUACAAAGAACAAGUGGAUAGAGAACUGAUAUCAAAGUAGGCGAAGGUGUAUGGGACGAGUCGAAAUUUAAAAAUCUAGGUUAGCCAAUAUGUUCGGGCUUUUGAAGACAUCGAUGAGUGAAUACAUCUGCGCUACUGCGACUAAUUUUCAGCCGUUUCACCAAGAGUUCUCAACCACUGAUUACUGCCUUCCCGAGGACUCAAAUCAGGUGGUCUACACGACACACCAACAGUCAGAGACCUUAUAGGUUGAUGUCACGUCUUGGACUGGCUAGUCUGGGCCUUCUUCCAAUGUAAUCCAACUUCUAGUAUCGUGGCACGUCAGGGUGGCUGGUAGCUCAGCAUGCAUAGCACAUGUCCAGUCCGAAGGUUCACAACCCCAUUAAAAUGACUUACCUGCCUUGCCUAGUACUCUUCGCCUAACUUUGACAUUGCUCACAGCGUGAUUGCACCAUACACGGGCAAUGCUAGGAAGACACCUGUGAUAAAAUUGUGACCGCUUCAUAUCUUCUACUUUUAAUGGCCAUGUCUCACAGCCGCAUAAAAGAACAAAAAAGACUGCAUUGCAAUGCACUCGUCGUUUAAUAAAUAGUUGGAUAUAUCCCUCCAGUCUGUGCCAGAGAUGACGCAAGUUGGCAAAUGCUAAACAGAUUUUCUGUGUUUGAGAUGAGAUUCCCUCAGCAACCAGCCCUUUUGAGUUGAUUUAACUCUCUAAGUGGUCGACACAUCCCAACACUUCACUUCCCAUCCUUAAACUAGGAGUAGUCUCAAACCAGUCCUGAAGCAUCAUACUACAUUUGAUAAGGGCAAGACGCAUGUCAAACGUACUCAGACUUCUGCUCAACGCGUUUCAAGACCCUGCAUUUUGUCAGCGUCUUUACCUAGCAGGACGAAAUCGUCUGCGUACUCCAAGUCAACCAGACGACUUCCAGGAAGUAGAUCAGUCCCUGAGGAGUCAGACAUACCUAAGGUUAUGUACAUUAAUGCAUCUAUGACAAAGUUGAGUAGGAACGUUGACAAUGGGCAUCCCUGGUGGACUCCACUAGUUGUCAUCAGUUCACGUGACAACUCGCCAUAUAACCUUACAUGGCUACGGGAGUUCAAGUAGAGAGCUUUAUUUAACGUUAUAUACUUACCGGAAUUCCUUUCAAAGUCAGACACUGUCACACAUCUGUCGACAGAGUAGAAAGCUUCCUUCAGGUCAUGAAUUACGGCAAGUGUCUGGCACUGACUGUGGUAGGUACACCUGUGUUCCAGAACUUAUCGAAGGGGGAGAAUCUGAUAGAUGUUUUUGUCAAGCUCCAGUUAUGCGUCGAUAAAAGGUCAAUACACUCACUUCUACCCCAUGGCAUACUGGUGUCACAAUGUGAGUUAGGUAGAUUCAU